GUCUGACAGCACCAGCGCUGCACGACAAUGGACAGUGAGGUCCAGCGAGACGGAAGGAUCCUGGACUUGAUCGACGACGCCUGGCGGGAGGACAAGCUGCCGUACGAGGAUGUCACCAUACCCCUGAACGAGCUUCCUGAGCCCGAGCAGGACAACGGCGGCACCACCGAGUCCGUGAGGGAGCAGGAGAUGAAGUGGACGGACCUGGCCUUGCAGUGCCUGCACGAGAACGUGCCGCCGGUCGGAAACUGACCUCCGCACUCCACCCUCCCUCCC